AUGGCUUGCAAUCAAAAGUCGUUUUUCAACUCAGCUCUUUUGAAUUUACAUAGCGGUUUCACGGAUUCAUUGCCCGGAAGGGAAGUUCAAAUUGAAUGUUUAAAAUCCUUCUUGAUGAAACAUAUCGAAGACAAUGUUUCUGCAUCCAUGUAUGUAUCUGGACCACCGGGUACUGGAAAGACUGUGUCAUUGCAUUCAUUAUUUGCUAGUCAUAUAGUUACUAAAAAUUUCCUUAUAGCAUAUGUCAACUGUAGUAUGAUCAAAUCUGCAAACCAUGUUUAUGCUAAAAUUGCUGAAAUAUUAAAACUCAAUUGUAUUAUUCAAAGGGAAUGUAUAUUAGCUAUCGAGCGUUUUUUGAAAACCAAGCACCAGUCUAUUCUCUUAGUGUUAGAUGAAAUUGAUCAAUUGUCAUCUAAAAAUCAAUCAAUAUUGUAUAAAAUAUUUGAGUGGCCAACUAUUCCUCAAUCAAAAUUGGUUGUUAUCGGUAUUGCAAACUCCUUAGAUCUUACUGAUCGAUUAUUACCAAUGUUAAAAACUAAUGUUUCCUUACAACCACAACUACUCAAUUUUCCACCUUACACCAAAACAGAAUUAGCUAAUAUUAUUAAUCACCGAUUAGAAUAUGCAGGGGUUGUGGAAAUAUUUCCUGCCAAUGCAAUUCAACUAUUAGCUGCAAAAAUUGCUUCUUUUCGUGGUGAUGUACGUUAUGCGUUAGAUGUAACCAGGCGAGUAAUAGAGUUGGCAGACGAAAAAGUUGAUAAAAAAAUAACAUUAAAUGAUGUGAUGACAGUAUUGAAUAAUGUAUAUUCCACUUCUGGAGCACUUGAUAAUAAUGAUGAAAAUACUGAAAAAUUACCAUUGCAACAAGAGUUAGUAGUGUGUGCUUUAUUAUUGAUUUUAUCUUCUAGUAAAAAAAAUCAGGUAAUAACUAUUGGAAACCUAUUUGACGUGUUUAAAAAAAUUUGCACAAAAAGAAAUAUUCAAGUGAGGGAUCUUAGUGAAUUUAUAACCAUGUGUUCAUUAAUAGAAACUAGAGGUAUAAUCAAGAUUCAAGGCCAGAGUGUUAAUAGGCUGUCUAAAAUAAUAUUACUUUGGGACAAACAUGAAGUGGAUGAUGUAUUACAUGACAAACAGCUUUUGGUUGAAAUUUUAAAUGAUAAAUCUUUUUUGAAAUGA